AUGGCGGCCUUGAUCGUGUUGUUCGCAGUGCUCUGCUCUUGCUGGCAGGUAUAUGCGCAGCAGCCUCUGAUAACGUUCAAUCAGUCGGCUGGCGCUCUCCUUCUCGCCGAUGGUUCAACCGCACCGACUAUACUCGUGAGCAACGAUGAAUGGGCUGGCGUGAGAAGGGCGGCAGAAGACUUUGCACAAGAUGUCGGACGAGUCACUGGGGUAAAUGGCACGGUGACAUCUUUCAAUUCCAGCUUUGCCACGAGUUCUUCAUCACCUGUUGUCAUUGCAGGCACAGUAGGGAAAUCGAGUCUCAUUAGCCAGUUGGUGCAACAAGGGAAGAUCAACGUCGACGCCACACGAGGACAAUGGGAAGCGUACCAGAUCCAAGUGGUAACAAGUCCAAUCAAGGGCGUCCAGAGUGCCGUCGUCAUCGCUGGCGCAGACAAAAGGGGCACCAUCUAUGGCAUUUAUGAUUUGUCUGAGCAGAUGGGUGUGUCACCUUGGUAUUGGUGGGCCGAUGUGGCCGCCAUGCCUCAGCAUUCGGUCUACAUCAUGAACACCACUAAGAUUCAACCUUCACCAUCAGUCAGAUAUCGGGGAUUCUUCUUGAACGACGAACAGCCGGCUCUGACCAAUUGGAUCAAUACUCGAUACGCCCCAGGCAAGUAUGGACCUGGUUUCAACCACCUAUUCUAUUCUACGGUCUUUGAGCUGCUGCUUCGUCUACGAGCAAAUUACCUCUGGCCGGCUCAGUGGGGCUCGAUGUUCGACGUUGACGACCCUCUUAAUCCAGCCACUGCUGACGAAUAUGGUAUCGUAAUGGGAACUAGCCACACUGAACCCAUGAUGAGGGCAACCAAUGAACAGAGCAAAUUCAUGAACGGCACAUGGGCAUGGGCUACAAAUCGUGCCAACGUUACAGAGUUCAUGCGACAGGGCGCAGAAAGAGCAAAGCCGUACGAGUCAUUGUAUACAAUGGGUAUGCGCGGUCUUGGAGACGUCGCCUCCCCUACGCUCAAUUCCAGCAGCCUGGAGACGAUCGUCAACGUCCAACAAGGUCUCCUUCGCGAAGUUUACAAUAUCUCCAAUGUUUCCGCCAUUCCUCAGAUGUGGUGUCUCUACAAAGAGGUGGGAGGGUAUUUUGCGGACGGUAUGGAUGUGCCAGAGGAUAUAACACUAUUGUGGUCCGAUGACAAUUGGGCAAAUAUGCAGAGACUGCCACUGUCAAACGAGACUGGGCGGUCUGGUGGUGCCGGAAUUUAUUAUCAUGCUGACUAUGUUGGCGACCCAAGAGACUACAAAUGGAUUGACACAAAUUCCUUGCAAAAGUACUGGAGUGAACUGCAGCAGGCAUACGACCGACAGGCACGCACAAUUUGGAUACUAAAUGUCGGAGAUUUGAAGCCUAUGGAGGUGCCCAUCGGCUACUUCUUGUCCGCAGCAUACGAUGCUCCAUCUCUGGCUUCUCCAAACAGCACCUAUACUUGGCUCAGUCAAUGGGUGGCCCGCCAAUUUGGAUCAGAAAUCGCAGACACAACAGCCACCAUCCUGCUCAAUUAUUCAAUGUAUGCAGCAAGGAGGAAGUAUGAGCUCGUUGACCCAACGACUUACAGCAUCAUCAACUACAACGAAGCCGGCAAUGUACUGCAGCAAUGGACAGACCUGGUCAACGCCGCUUCGAAGAUCUACAAUCAGCUCGAUACGUCUCUUCAGCCAUCAUACUUCGAGUUAGUCCUUCACAAGUGCAUGGCUGGGUACAUUGUGUACUCAAUCCACGUCAAUGCGGCGAGAAACAAUCUUUAUGAGGAGCAAGGAAGAUCAAGCACGAACGCACUGGCUCAGACAGUGCUCAAUAACUUUGCUCAGGACCAUGCCCUGACGCAGAGGUACCAUCAGCAGCUGAAUGGUAAAUGGAACCACAUGAUGGACCAGACACAUCUGGGUUAUUACUACUGGCAGCAGCCGAUGCGUAACAGUCUCCCUCCACUUGGGUAUGUCCAGCAGCAAGAGAUCGCUGCAUCGGGUCAAUUGGGCGUGACCUGCGACGGUAACAACGGCACAGUCCCCGGCGACGACGUGUACCACACCCUUUCGAGCAACGUCCUUACUCUGCCACCCAUGGAUCCCUAUGGGCCUUCACGAUGGAUUGAACUGUUCUCUCGCGGCACGGACGCCGUCAACUUCAAAGUUUCAAGUGAGCCGCACAUCACGGUUACUCCAUCGAGCGGCGUCCUCCAAGCCAACGGCAACAGCACUGACAUCCGCUUGACUGUGUCUGUCGACUGGACCCAUGCGCCAAAUGGGUCUACAAUUUCGACCAUCAACAUCACCACCACGACACCCACGGGCAAAUACUUGAACGGCACCUACCCAUACGGCAACUUCAACAUGCCACAGCUCAGCGUCCCGGUCAAUAAGACCUCGGUCCCAACCUCCUUCCACGGCUUUGUCGAGUCUGACCGCACCAUCUCGAUAGAGCCAGAACAUUUCUCGGCCAACGUCUCUGCUAAUGGCAAUGGCAAUGGCACCGGCUCGGCAUACUACCAGGUCAUCCCGAGCUACGGACGGACAUUAUCAGGUGUAGGCCUCCUCCCGUUCACAGCACCGUCUCAGCACGCGACAACAUCGACCUCUCCGAAGCUGGUCUACAACUUCUACACUUUCACACCAAACGUGACAAACGCAAAUCUCACCCUCUAUGCCGGUACGGCUAUGAACACGGACCCUUCGCGCCCGCUGAAAUACGCCGUGAGCAUUGACGAUGCAGCUCCGAAGACCAUACAGCCAAAUCCACUCACGCACCUCUGGCCAUUGCCAGAUAUGUGGGAUGGCAUGGUCGCCAAUGCCGCCAUGACCAACACUACAACCCAUGACCUCGGCAAGCCGGGUGCCCACACCCUGAAUCUGUGGCUACUGGAGCCAGGACUCAUUGUGCAGAAACUGGUCCUUGAUCUAGGAGGUGUGAGGGAGAGCUAUCUAGGUCCUCCUGAGAGCAGGAUUGUCUGAUGUUGCUGUGCUGCCCGGCGGUGCAACCAAGGGACAGCUUUUCCCGUCUCCUUUUGGUGGGCAUAUAACGGAAGACUAAGCACUGUUCA